GAGCGCGCGUGCGGGUGCUGUUGCGCGAGCUGAAGGGAGGAAAACAGCCGAAGCGGCAUGAACAGGGGGAACGAGUAAGACUGGGUCAGAAAGACGGGGAGAGACAGACGUAGAUAGACAGAAGGUUACAACGAACGACAGUCUCGAACAACCUACCCCACCCCUCCACCCCAGUCUUGACCACCAGGGUGGUCUCCCGUGGCGACGAGACUUGGACGAUUUGCAAGAAAGUGAGAUUUUGGGGUUGCAUCCCCCACACCAGCCAACCUCCGACAAAGCGAAAGCUGCUGAGGAGGACGCCUUAAAAACCUGGUGGAAGUGUCUGGAUUUGGCAAGAAGCCUUGCGUGCGUCUGUAAUCACCUCAGGUCGUAUAGUCAGUCCUCCAGCACUGAUGACGAUUCUCUGACUUACUGCUUCUCGUGGGCUUCUGUCGGGCUUCUGUCGGGAGACAUCCUGGCUUUUCGCACGAGGAGGGGGCACGAGUUGUGUUGCUGUGGUGAACAUGACCAUGUGGGAUGCGUUGACCGGAGCCAUGGACCUUCGGAGAACAUGAAGGCAUUAAGCAGGUGACGGUGUGGAUGAAAUAAUGAGUAGUAACAGCCAUGCGGAGCCAGAGCUAUAGCUUUCUUUCUGUCCUCCUGGCCUUCGUCGUGCCUUCAGUAAUGGUUGACUGUCUGGGAUGCUUCACGUGCACGUCCAUUAACUACAACAAUCCAGAAUGUGAAGAUCCUUUCAACAACACCGGCACCUUCUGGGACGGCGACUGCUGGGCCGCCAGGAAAGAACGCAAGGGCAACUUCCCGGCCACCCAGUGCAUCAAGAUGAUCGCCGAGGACAGGGACACGGGUCACACCAUCGUUGCACGGACCUGCGUGGUGGACAACGGCGACACCAACUCCGAGACGGAGAUCGGGCGUCUGAGCCACUGCGGGUGGAUGCGGACCAUCAAGUACGGCCACAAGAGAAUGCGGGGCUGCAUCCUGGCCUGCGACACAGACGGGUGCAACAGCGCCACGAGGCUGGGUGCUCCAAUCAGUGAUGUCCUUGCUGUGGGCUUCUUUUCCUUGGCUGUAGCCUGGACGCUGAGAGUGUGACCACCCGACUGUGCACCCGGCACCAUGUCAUCUCACGCUUUCUGCCUUCGCAAGUGUGGGUGCAAUGAGUCAGUGACAGGGCGAAGGUGUCGGUCAUCACUUGAAAAGCUCUGAGAGUAAGAAAACAAUUUAAAGCAAGGAUGUGAACAAUAAGGUAGGAUUCUGACAAGAUGUAUAGACUAUUAAUUAUUUUCUAAAAAAUAAAAAUAAGUCUAGCCUUGCCGGCCCGUCAUCGUCAACAGGCUUCCGAGAAUGUCUCCAAAAUGGUUUCAGGAAUCUGAUUACAGUCCUUCGGAUAGCUUGUAUCUCAUAUUGACUUAUGGAAGUCUGAAGCGAUCUGUUCCGUUAUACCAUACGACUUGCAGAACUGCAUAUGCACACGUGUGUGUGUUUGUGUGUGUGUGUGUGUGUGUGUUUGUGUUUGCGUGUGUGAUUGCAAAAGAAAGUGCGUGUGCAUGAUUUAGUCUUCACUUGCGAGUGUGCUUGUGUGCAAGAUGAUGCUUGGGCAGGAUGGUUUGUACAUGAUCGUUGUAUAUGUUAUGAAUAUUAUCUUCUUGUAUGUGUACAUGUACAUGUAUUUACUUUUUGUGGAAGACGAUUACUUCCGUCUUGACUUCGCUCUGUAGUCCAUCAACUGUCUCCUAUCUGAAUGUGAUCAAUUCUGAAUGUAAAUGUCUAUGUCCUUACCCAGACUUUAAAUCAUUCUUUCGAUCUGUCCUCACAGACUUUUAAUUAUUUUUCUCUCUGUCUCCCAUCCACACAUCCCUUCAUCUCCGCUCUACCCCCUCUUUUCCAUGUUUUCUCUUGUUAUUUCAUUUGUUUACUUCCCUUUUAUUCUUGUUUUUUUCUGGUUUGAUUUGUGAUGUCCUCCAGUUUUAACUUUCAGACAUUUUUAUUUGUCCUUAUUUCUGUUUUUCUUGUUUUAUUAUUUUCUCUAUUCCAGCUUUUCUGCACCUUUCUUGUCUUCCUUCUCUUUGCGAUUUCUUGUUAUUUUGGAAUUUAUUGUAAAUGUAAUCCUUCAUCUCGUCACAUUUAUUAUCUUUCUGAUGUCUAUUUAACCUUCCUCUUGUGUCUUUCUAUGUACAUGUGUGUUAUAAAGAUCUUGGUCAAAGACAUUCUCUCACUCCAUUCUUCACUUUGAUAUCCACUUUUCUUUCUCUCUUUUUGUCUGUUUUUUUCUCUCUCCAUUUUUAUCUCUCUCUCUUCCUUGUCCUCCAUUUCUUACUGUCUCUGUAUUCUCUUUUUUCCUAUUUUAUAUAUUUACAUUCAGUCCUUUCUUUCUUUUUGUAAUUUCUCAGCGUUCGUUUAUUCUAUUUUUUCCUUGUUGUUGUUCUGUGGUUGCAUAAUUCACUCGUGCUUUUCGGGACUUUAUCAAACUUCUUGUUUAGAACACGAUGGAAAAAUAAAGACAUAAUGUUCAAUGCUGUACACAAAGAAGACAGCUGUUGAGAAUUCCUAGCCCUAUAAUUAAAGUCUUUUCUCGAAACACAAAAUCGAUGAGACAGAUGAGCCUUUUAUUUUCUAAACCCAACGCAGACACUGAGUAACAAAUGCAGCAGCUGUCACAGGAGAAACAAAUUGAUGAGAAAAUAGCCUGAAGCCUUCUUCGUUCCUGCUUCUCUCACAAAAAACAAACAAAAACAACUUUAAACUCAACUUUCGAUCACCUGUUUGAAGUAGUGCGUGCGACAUCUCCUGUAGUGUGGGCACUACCAUCUUCCAGAGUUACAGUCUCAUUUAGUUAUCUCCCCGUGGCCGUUGCAUGGGAGUUGCGGGCCCUUUUCAUUCAAACUGUUAAAAAGAAACAGAGUUAUCGUUCCUUUAAAGUUUAAGGCGAAGAUAUUUGGGUACAGCUGCUUUGUAUUUCUUGGUUGUGUUGCUAGAAAGAUUUCUAAAUGCAUGUUGACUAAAUUUGGAACCGUACAACAAUCUUGUAAAAAUCAAAGAAAAAAUAUUCUUGUUGCUUCUGUUGUAUUGUUGACUUGUUUUGAAACUUCAACACUAACAAAUGCGAACUCUUCCCUAAUGGCUCUGAGUCUUGAACAAAACCCGUCAAGUGAGUCUAGCAUUACUAUUUGUUGAGAACUGGCUAAAGGUGACCAGUUCAGGUUAUUAAAUUCAGCAAUGCUAAUUUCUCCUUUGAGAGGUAAAGGGAAUGAGUAUUGGGGGAUACCUCUGAUGCAAAAUUGCAAUCAUAAUUGUUUGAUGAGAAUGUGCUCCUCCUAAUGGUCAUUUCUAAAAAUAAAUACGGGAAAGGCUGUGAUAAAAUGGGAUGAAACUCGGCAAAAGGAAAUGUUCUGUCAGACAUAUAAGCAGAUGACACACCCAGAGACUGUCCCAGACAAGGGACGGGUGUUUUAAUCCUCGCUGUCUCGGAGAAAAAUCACUUUGUCUCUUUUUUUUUUUUCAUCCAAGUUUUCUUGACCGUGCGAUGAGGGGAAACUGAUGUUUCUCGUAGCUACAUCACGGUAAAAUAGCCGGCCAGGUAAACAUGCUCAAGACCAGAUCUGAACCAAGAACAGCCAAUCCUCAGGGUUGGCGACAGACCGUCUCAGGGCCUCCAUGAACCUCGGCUACUGACCCAAGACAAAAUACAGACCUAAAUACUUUCUGACAUGCUUUGCACGUUAGGUCCUCGCUUUGCGAUGUCUAAAUUUGAAAAAGACAUGUUUUAUAUUCAAUGACAAGAACAAAUUUAACCUUCAAGGGAAUAAAAUAUACCAAUCACGCACAAAAAGACUAGUGAACUCGUGUCAGCACACAUACGAUCGUCCACCCUGAAUGAGAGAUAGAAUGAACCUUUAGAGUUUGGACAAACCUGGAAAAAUGCACGUGCUGGUGACAAGCGUGCCAAGUUCCCUAUGAGAAAUAUUUGACACAGUCACGUCUUGCUAGUGUCAUCAGUCAUGACACAGUCACGAGUCUUGCUAGUGUCAUCAGUCAUGACACAGUCACGAGUCUUGCUAGUGUCAUCAGUCAUGACACAGUAACAAAGUUUGCGAGCUCCAUCAAUCAUGGCUCAGCAACAAAACCUGUCUGUGUCUUAAAACAUGUUUCAUAAAUAUUUAUGUGACCAGCUUAUGUUUAUUAGUUCAUAAAAUUCUGUACAUAAACCUUUUUGCUUGUAUAUUAAACACAUUAUCAACUGUAUCUAUCUUACUGGCUUUCGUAUUCUUAUCUUUUUUCUUCCACAAAACGUGAAUAAUGUAUGUUCUUUUCUUAUAAUGAGGCACCUUUGUGCAAAAUUAAUUCAAUCUAUUGAGCUGUUUAUUCGUCUGUAACUUUGGCCAAGUCUCAGCUUAAAAUUUCUUUUUUCCUAGUGAAUACCACAGAGAAUUUUAAAUGUUCCUAAACUGUGUUUAGACAGGAAGAGGGGAUGACAACUUGCUAGCCUCUCACCACACCCGUCCUUAGAAACAAAUCUUUUUUUUUUCAACAGCCAGGCGGAACAAACCAUUUCUUUGAAGUAUUUCGCUAGUUUCGAACUGUGAACACUUAAGUAUAAUACAUAUGAACGGGUAGACGCCUAUUAAGUAUUGCUUUUUGAUGAGUACAAUCCUUUCACGAUGUAAAUGUCUUGUUCCGCAACAUUUCACUUGUAGACGCAUCACUUUGAACAUUGCAUGGAAAUUUUCCUUUGGGUGAUUUUGGCCUAAAUUGUUCCUCCAAGCAAAACACAUUUUCAUCUCAGCUCAUUCCAUGCACAUCAUCAUCUAAGUUAUGCAUGGAUCACAUGAUGUGAACGAAGGCUGCACAUGUCACCAGCUUAGUGCAGUCCUGUUCACUCCUUCUUCAUCCUUGCACAUCUACUAAAUGCCUUGUAAACCUCUGGACCAAUUACAUAGUGCAAAUCGCUGGAAACAUUAAGUAUUUUUACACCACUGGCUAAUUAAGUACUUUCAGACUAAUUAUAAGUAUUUUCAAAGUACUGGACUAUUUAUUUUCAAAUAAGUACUUUAAAAAACACUGAGCUAAAAAAAUUUCUCUGUGCUAAGCAAGCAUUUGUAAAUCUCUGUAGAAUGAACAUUGUUCACAUGUUGAACAAUAUUCGUCUACUGUUCAUACUGGCACUGUGAGAUUUUCGUUUGCAUGACUUCUCUUGUCUGUCUUUCUACUGUAUUUUUUAUCAUCAGUAACAUGAAUAUGUCAAUGGAGAACAUUUACAAAGCUAUAGCCAUUUAUUUAUGGAAAAUACUGAAAUAUUUAUGUAAUACUGACAUGGCCAAGCGGGAAGAGAGACAGGCUGCAUGUCGACAGGUAGGUAACUGGUGAACGUCUGUCUCCUGCUGGAGGGCAAAGGUCAAGUGUCUUGCUGCUCAGCAACCGGAGUUUUCGUGUGAAGCGUGUUUACUCUCAUGAAACAUGUUUACACUGGUGAAUGUCGCAUUAAUAAACUGUUAGUAAGCUCUCUCGUUGCACUGUCAUGACAAUAAUCAAGGUCUUUGUGACAA